CAGUCUUAUUGUUGCAAUGCAAACGCUAGCACUUCAUUAUAAUGCUAACAAGUGCAACAAUAUUGUGUGGUGAGUGAAGUCUACCGCCCGGCCCACCACUCUCUACUGUAUUGUAUCGAGUCAUAGAGGCAGGCGAUCUUGGCUUCCUCUCGUCUCGCUGGCGAAUAUCAAUCAAUAAUGUGGCCACUCACGAUCUAGGCACAUCAUUUAUAGCGGGGGAUAAGGGUGAUCCCCUUGCUUCACAAGUUUAUCUCACUGGACCACUGAGUUUACAUUCAUAUCUGCUAUUGUGAGGGGCUGUUAAUUCAGGGCCGACAGUGGCAUUAUUUGCUUACAUAUAUGUGCCAUCAUUCAAGCAAAUUUUGUGCCUGCCCGCAACCCUUUAAGGUGGUACAAAAUGGAGACAUUGGCAAAGCUGAAACCUCGGUCAAACCGAAAGAACCCUCAGCUCGACUCUGCUACUAGCAAGGACGACAUUCUCAACGCAAUGGAAAAUUAUGGAGCAAGUGAUGGUGCUGGAUCUAACAAAGAGAACAACAACAAUUCAGAACAGAUGUCUCGAGGAUCCAGCUUGGAUGGCAAAUGGGAGAUGGUAGAUCCAGACUAUGGUUCACCUGCAGCCAGUCUCUCUCACUCGUAUAGCCUCGAGUGGGAGAAGCUGUUCACCCAGGCAGAGAUGAUGCGCAAGCUGAAGGUGCGCGCCUCUGAGGGGAAGCUGCGGAGCAGUCGCUUCAGAAGUGUUGUCUGGAAGCUGUUCCUGGAGGUACUGCCAGCCGACAUGGGGCAAUGGGUUGAGAAGACUCGUGUCUCAAGGGCCAAGUUUGAGGAGCUGAAAAACAAGCUGAUUGUAAACCCUCGGAAAGCGGUGGAUUCUGUGAAUCUGUCAUUACACAACCCCUUGUCUCAGGAUGAAGAGAGUCCAUGGAACAAGUUCUUCCAAGACAAUGAACUGCGUUUGACCAUCAAACAAGAUGUGAUCAGAACCUAUCCGAAGAUUGAGUUCUUCCAAUCAAACCAGCUCCGUAAUCUGAUGGUGAACAUUCUGUUCAUCUUUGCAAAGGAGAAUCCAGAACUUUCUUAUAGACAGGGUAUGCACGAACUGCUGGCUCCCCUGAUCUUUGUGCUGCACUGUGAUCAUCAAGCCUUCUUGCACGCGUGCGAGAUCGAAUCUGUUCUGGAGGUUAUGAAAGAGGUGAUGGACCCAGCCUACUUGGAGCAUGAUGCAUACUCGAUGUUCUGCCAAGUGAUGGAGACUGUGGAGCCUUGGUAUCUGUCCAGAGACUAUAGCUUUGCUAAGGGAGGGUCUCUGCGUAGCCUCGAGAUCAUCAAUGCAACUCCAUUCUCAAGGUCACAAGACCUGAACCCUUCCAACGCCAUUGUGACCAAGUUGACACGGAUACAGGACUAUAUACUGAAGAAAUAUGACCAAGAACUGCAUCAGCACCUGGAGAGGUUAGAAAUUGCACCACAGAUCUACGGCAUCCGAUGGCUCCGUCUUCUUUUUGGGCGAGAGUUUCCAAUGCAGGAUCUACUAAUGCUGUGGGACGCCAUCUUUGCUGAUGGCAUCGGAUUUGAUCUUGUUGACUAUGUUUUUGUCGCAAUGCUGCUCUACCUAAGAGAUAUCUUACUGAGCUGCGACUACGCCACAUGCCUGACGGCGUUGAUGAAAUACCCACCAGUGCCAGACGUUCACUACUUUGUGGACAAGGCUCUAUGGCUGAGAGAGCCCAAUCAAAACCCAAGGCCUCCAAACUACACCCAUGUUGGAGGGAUCCGAACCAGCAGCAGCAUGGGCAGCGGGGAUAACAUGAGCAGUGGGGCCAGUUCCAGCUGUCGGGACAAUGCCAGAGAUCAUUCAACAGACCCGAUUGGCUCGACAGUGAGUCUGUCGCAGGUGGAGGAGUCGAUGUUUAGGCACGCCCCUUCUGCCUCAAGCAUGGCCAAGCUGGAGACUUCCAAUUUGCGCUCUGCUCAGUCCAGUCCAGGGAUACAUCACUCCAACGUGUUCCCACUCACACCCGAGGAUCCCUCUGUAACUGGCAGCCCAACCAAGUCUCAAACUCUCCUUGGUAGAGCCAAGCCCAAGCAGAAAAAGAUGACCAAAGUGGAAAGAGAACUUCAGGAGCAGGUAACUCAUCUUCAAGGAGAGCUGAACGACAAGGCCACAAUGUGCCGCUACUGUGCCAGUAAACUGGAUGUUCACAUAGGACGUCUGCAGCAAGACUUGUCUAAACAGAACUUGGAUGUUGAUGACGAGGUUAUGGUGUCUUUGGCUGGCCUCAAGCUGGUACGGGAUGUUCUGAACGGUACCCUCAAGUUCUCUCAGACCAUUGCCGAUGACGAAGAGAUCAACAUUAAUGAAGACUUUUACAGCUCUCAAGACGAUGAAGUCAGUGCAUAUGGAAGUGAACAAAGGAGAGACGACAACAGUACUGGGGUCACCUCCCCCGAGUCGGAUAUUCAGCUGGAGACGGAGAAUCGUAGAGUGCCAGCCAGGCAGAGGGCGCUGCUGAGAAACAGAAGUAGCGAAGACACGUCUACGGACUCGGGCACGCCCGGAGAUGUUCACGGUCCGGACAUGCCUCCUCACGGUGCGGCGGAGAGAGAGGUGAAGGGCAACAGUGCUGUGGAGCUGUGGGACUAUCACGUCAAUGCCGACUCCCUGGACAAAAUGGUCAAUGCCGACUCCCUGGACAAAAUGGGUGCUGGAGCUCUGAAGUCUGCAGAAGGGAGCAGCAGUUUUGGUGGGGAUGAGGCCCUCGAUGGUGGGGCCGUCAACACCAAUACCAAUGCCACUAGCUCAAACCCGUUCACUUCAAAAAUCCGAAGUAUGUUUAAAUCGGUGGACCCAAAAGAACAACAGCAGAUGCAACAACGGCAGAAACUGCUACUGCAGCAACAGCUUCAGCAGCAGCAGCAGCAGCAGACGCAGGCAUAUGAGGUGCUUCCAGGGAGUCGGAAAUCUAGCGAUUACCCAAGCUCUACUAGGGUGGAGUCUGAUGAUUUUGACCGUGUUCCUGGCCGGCAUCGAAGAUCUUCCCGUGAAGAACAAGCUGAAAAAGAGCUGGGCUCAAUGGAUUCUCGGAGAAGAGCAAAGUCUAACGUAGACAUGCCCAGCAGAACGUACUGGCCUGACUUUGCAACGUCUUCUGGCCAGGAGAGAAGACCUGUUGAACAGCUGGAAGGAAGGGGAGACCGGAGGGGCAGUGGACAGGGAGACAGGAGGCUGAGAGAAGGGAGAGAAAGAUCCAAAAGUCAGCCGUCUAAAUCUCUGUUCGGUGCUGAGGGUCAGGGGGAGGGGAUCAAUCCGUUAUAUAAACUCAAGUACGAUCAAGGAAUGGAAUAUUAAGAAAGCAUUUUUCAUAAUAUAUGCUCAAGGUUUUAGUCUGAAUAAUGUCCAGUCUUUGGGCCCGGAAGGUUUGCGGUCAUGAUUUUAAUUCAUGGUUGAGCGUAUUUUUUUCUUUGAGGAAGAGAGUAUGUCUUUUGGUCGAAUUAUUUGAACAUUGGAGAGCUUUCGAAACAAAGGAGUGUGUAUAUAUUUUGUGAUGUUGCCAGCUGGAUCAAGGUACACAUGUAUAAUAAGACUUGACUGCAUAUGUUUUGGAUAGAAUGUUUGUUUGGCUGCUGAGUAUGGUUUUAUUGCUCAAUGUGUAAUUUGAUUUUUUCUUUUAUUUGCCAGUACUACCAUUGUACUGUUGUAAAGCUUUCUUUCCGGUGUGGCGUACGUUUUGUAGGCAAUCUUUUCAUGAUCAAAACCCUUUUUUUCAAUGUACGUUAUAAAUCAAAAGGAACGAAUUUGCCGCCGGGGUAUAUAAUGUAGGUAGCUGCCAAACUUGAGGAGCAGUGUUCACCACAAAUUGGAAAAGGGAGGAGGAGGUUGUCACAGUAACAGUACUAAAGACAAUCGGUGACAUUUUUCUCAGCUUCAUAUUAUCGAUGUUAGGCUUUUUCCGUGUAUGUGUGUGAACAUUGUUUUUAAGAAAAAUGAAAAAGAAUGAAGGUUAUUUUUUUUUUUAAAACCCAGAAUAGUAUAACCAAUUGUAAUUGUGAUUGUAAAUAACUUAAUUUGAGACAGAAAAAGUAUUUAACGUAGUUUGACAGAUACGUGGUUAGAGUCUGACUUUGACGAUGGACAUUCUCUUAAUGUAUACCCUCUUAGUGUCUUAUUAGUUUUUAGUAUGGGGUGUUUUAGUUUGGUUUUCUUUCUUUGAUGAAGCAGUUUUCAGAUUUAACUUUGUUUUACUUGUAUUGUAGGGUACUCAUACUCACGGGAUAAAGUUAGAUCUUCAUGUAUUAGCAAAAUGUCAAAAGGCUUUUAUAGAAGUUGAAUAAAUAUGAGUAAAAAAAAUGAAGCUGAAGACAUAUGUUCAGUAUAUAGAGAGAUAAUGUAGGUCUAUUUUUAAUGUGUUUAGAAAAACUGCAUUUGAACAAAUCCAUAGUCAAACAUUAGUCAUGACUUUAUUUUGUGAUAUGUUGAGAUCUUGAUAUAAUACAGAAACAAUUUCUUUGACAGAAGAUGUCAGUAUAGCCUAGACAGACUGCCUUGAUAUUUUUUUACGUACUUACACGCUAGUCUGUGGUGGGGGGGAAGAUUUGGUCAAAUCCUAGUUUAUAAUUAAGGGGGCCACAUUUUGCCUCAAAGUUAGAUAAUAUGAUAAUAAUAAUAGUGAAAGUAAUAGCAAUAAUGAUAAUAAUUCACUGGUCAACAAAUUUCUACUUUUCAUCUGCCAACUGAGAGAUAUUGUGAGUUUUCAAGUAAUUUUGGGCUGCUGAUUUCAGGUGUGCAGUCAUUUUUUAGCUUGUGUGUCAGGUUUUAGUGAUAUUCUGAGUACCGAUUUUACUUGAUCUAACACUGAUAUAAAGAUUACCAGUGAGAAGAAAAGUAAACCUUAGUUACAUUUUUAUUACUAUUUUCGAUUUUUUAAGUGAUAAAAUGUGAGAAAAGGUCCGUAGCUUUUAAAUUGUGUAACAACAUUAAUACGUACAAAUUAGAAACAUCAUUGGAACGAGUCAGAUAUGCUUUAAGGAUCUUGCACUUUUGCUCGUGAGCAGUACCCAUUUUGCACUGAAGAAACCCAUUAUAUCUCCUUCCCCAUGUUAUCUUGAUGAAAUAUUACACCAUUUUAUUCCUGUGUAUUUCCAAGAUUGGGAGAGAAAAAAAUUCAAGAUGCGAGUGCAGAAAUGUGCAUUUUUAAGAGAAAUUGGAAUGCCUAUUCUUUAUUAUAUUUUUAACAGAUUUUUGCGUCAGUCAGAAUAAUAUUAAUAUGGUUGCUUUUAAGGAUGAGCGGGCUAACCCAGAUUUCGGGGGUUUCCAGAAAUCUUGACCUACACCAAAAUUAGGCCUUGUCCUAGCUAAAUGAGAAGUUUGGUUUCAUUGGUGUGUAUAAUUGUUUAGUUAUAGAGAAAGCUCUCCCUGUUUUUUAAUGAAACUAAACAAGUGGCAAAAACUUUACCUUCGAUUUUCUCAAAACGGCAAGCAUUUUUCGGGAUAGCCCCCUUGUGCUUAAAAGUGACCAUAUAAAGGUCAACCCCGGGACUUCCAAGGAAGUUUUCCCCAUGCUAAUUGAAUGCUUUACAAGCUGCAGGUUCGAGUGGAUUUAGUUUGUCACUCGACUUCACACUACAACUUUGUUGUUAGCGAUCCAGACACAACAACUCUCAAAUAUAUCAAUAAAUGACAAAAAUGAAAUUAGCUGAUACGGUAGCUAAAAAUCCUGACGUGAGAGAAAACAAUGUUUGUCAGAUUUGAAAUCAGUGCGCCAAAAAAUAUGAAGUAUGCUUAUUGGUUGCUCAGUGGCAAAAUUCCUGUCAACAAGUAUUAUAAUGAUAAAGCCAAUAAAGAUUAUGAAUAAAA